AUGGAGAAGGAAAGGAAACAGACUGCUGAUCGUAUAGGUAUGGCCUCAGAUGUUGGAGACUUCUUCUCAAAACAAUUCAACAAUGUGAAGGAUCUAUUCGCUACCAAUCAGUCGGAAUUGGAGAAGAACAUCAAUAGGGUGAAAGAUCUGCUAAUGGCCGUUAAGGAAAAAAUAAAGAUGCUUGAACCAAUGGCUAAUGAUGCUCAGAAGAAGACUUUAAGUCAUGUGGACAGCUAUCUCGAGGAAGUACAGUCUUUCGGCAGUCAGGUUGGGAGCAUUUCGUUUUCUGCUCAUCCGCCUCAAACAGUAGUCAGAGAUGGCUCAGCGAAGUUCGAGGAGAACAAAGGCAGAUGGCAGCAGAUGUUGACCGACAUUUUCGACAAGGGGGGAUUCGACAAAGUUCUCACUCUGCUCAAUUUGAAAUCUGCUGGUCAUUGUACACUUGCUGCAGCCAUUAUUGCUCCCAUUGUACUAGCAUUUGUUCGCUAA